GACUCUCGUCGAAGCUGCAAAUCGACAGCUUGACAGAGGACGGCGAUGAGACGGAGUUCCGGGAUGAGCUGCUGAAGGCGCCGAGCGGGGACGAGGAGGAUGCCGUGGAGGCCUUCUCUCUGGAUCCGGAGUUCGACUACGACAACCCGCCUGAGGGCAUGUCUGGCAAAAUCGACCCAAACGACCUCCGGCUCUUGCGGGAGGUGAUGAGGGUCAGCCCAAGGUCGCCGCCACGGGAGAGCCAGGAGGAUGUCGCAGAAGACGCCGUCCACGAGCCGUGA